AUGAAUCCACAACCUGGACCUCGGGAGAAGCCGAAUCAUUCCCAGAUGACCAAAACCAAACCUGCGGUACACCCGAAAACUCCAGACAGAACCGUAUCCAGUCCAGGUCAUGCUCUGCAGCUGGUUGCUCCAUUAUCUCACCGGGCCAGAAUAGGAGAAGAUGUGAACAUUCCCUGCUCAUUCACAGUCAAUAACACUCCCAUCAAUCAGAAAUUUCUUGCCAUAUCCUGGUUCUUUCAAGGGAAGGAAAUUCUAAGUGUUCAGAAUGCUAAAGUGAGAUCAAGAGAUCCCCGUGUGUCAUAUACAGGCCGGAGAGAACAUGGAACCGCCAAUCUGUCUAUAUCAGACAUAGCUGUAAUGGACGGAGGGAUCUAUAAAUGCUCCAUACUGUACACCCCGAAGAAGGAGGAGAAGGAGAUCAGACUUGAUAUACAAGCAACUCCACAGAUCAACAUCACAGACAGAGUUGUUGUAACAAAUAAAAAGAGUUCCCUACACGGUGUCAUCUCUGGAUUCUACCCGGUGGACAUUGACAUUAAAUGGCUCCAGGAUGGAGAGAUGCUGGACAAUGUUAUCAUGGAGAUACCUCAGAGAGACCCGGAUGGAACGUACAGUGUGAGGAGCUCAGUAACAAUAACACCCACUGAGGAGGACAGAGAGCGGAUCUUAUCCUGUAGAGUCCAACAUGAGUCUCUUACUGCCCCUCUCCAGGAGGACUUCCGGCUGGUGUAUGGAGAAAUCCCAUCCGUUCACAUCACUUCUCAAGCAUUUAAGUUGAAUGUGGAGCAGAGUUUGGUGUGCAGUGUAUCUAAGUUCUACCCAGAAUCCCUCACAGUGAACUGGUUUUUAAAUGACACCCUGUUGGAGAAUGCCAAGACCCGGAGGAUCAGCAGCUCAGCUGUGGCAUCUGUCUACCAAUUCAUCGCAAAAGAGCAGAGCUGGGGCAUGGAGCUGAGAUGUGUGGUGGAACAUGGAACCCUCACCACCCCACAUGUGGAGAGACUGCUGGUACAAGAAACAGGCUCUGUCAUUAUAAUGGAUCAGAACCAAGAUGGAACCUUUAAUGCCACCAGCACUUGUGAAAGCCUCAGAGGGGUGAUCCAGGAAAACGAGCCGUAUACUGUGCAGGCUGUGGUGGAACACGACAAACUGAAACACCCAUCAGUUAGAGAAUGGAGAAGCGAUGACAAAGAUAAUAAAGCCGCACGCUGUGAUGACCCCGACACCUAA